AUGUCUCUUGUUAUCAUCAGUCGAGCUAAUGAAGGCAGAACCCAAAGAUCCACUCCUAGUUUAGCAGAAAAACGGUCGAGAAACGACUCUGAGAAAAACGAAGCCUUAUGGCGUAACUUGGAAGCCAGACGAGAAGCUGGCGAAGAUGUGGAUGCUGACACCUUGUGGCCACUUCUAGAACUUGAAAACCGACAGUAUAACAAUGCACAAGUCAAACCGCUGUCGCCCGAGACAGUGGACAGCGGGUUAAAUUCGUCAGAAGACACGAACGGCCAAUACAGACAUAACGGUUUCAAUAUCCAGCGGAUGCUCAGAACUGGCAAAGUGCGAAAGUCUGCCGAUGUGAUGCCGACAGUGGACAGACGGAGGAUAGGGGGAUGUAUAAGAUCCUGCUUACAGACAGGCUCCAUGUCAUUUAUCGGUUGUCACAUGAUGUGUGCUUGGUAA